AACCUGGGUACGUUUAAUCAUUUGGUUAUUUAUUGGCUUUUGUAUAUAUUUCUUCUAUGGCCGUAAAAAUAGCAGAUUAGGUAAAGAAAUGGAAAUUGAAAGAAUGAGUAGUGAUAGCAGUGAUUCAGCCGAAACCAUUACCAGUGGCAAUGACAUUACAACCACCGGUGGUGAAAAUAGUGACGAUAUCGGAUCAUCAGGUAUUUCAAACUGCAUUACUACUUCAAAUGUAGGUAUUGUUUCAAAUCCAUUAAAUGACUCUUGUGAAAAUAUAAAAAAAAGUGAAAAACAACCACUUUCACCCUCAAUUGCCGGUUUGUCCAACAAAACCCCAAAGAGUAAAGGAUCAACACCCCUAUCCUCUUUAUCACCAGCAAUCCAAGGUAUCUCAAAUAAAAUAUCAACUCCAAAAAGUAAAAGCUCAACACCUAAAGUUAAAUCAACUUCAUCUGGUACUUAUGAUCAAUUAAAUGAUGAUGAUUUAAAUAAUAAUUUUUCAUUAAAUGGUCAUAAUAAUAAUGAUGAUAAUGAUAAUGAUAAUGAUAAUAAUGACAAUAAUAAUGACAAUAAUAGCGAUAAUGUAGAUGAUAAUAUGGAUAAUAUAGAUUUAAAUGAUAAUAUAAUAGAUGAACCUCAUAAUAAUAAUAAUAAUAAUAAUAAUAAUAAUAAUAAUAAUAAUAAUAAUAAUAAUAAUAAUAGUGUUAUAUAAAUAAUUUUACGAAUAUUUUAAUAAAUACCGAGCAUAUUACUAAAAUACAAAUAUAAUAAUUAAAAAUAAAAAUAUUU